AUGGAGAAUGUCCGGGUUUUCCGUAACCUCGUCUCAUUUCUUAGAUAUCCUGCCGCUUUGUCGGCUUCCUCAGUCAUAAUCCUCCAUUAUGUCGCGCCCCAACUCGGAUUUCAACUUGGACAACUUCUCAACCAUGCAGAUGAACGAGGACGACGAAUACUGAGCUCUCUCGUCCAACAGCUAGCGGACCACAACACUGCAGCAGCCGUUUACCAACCGGAAUUCCGGCGUGCGGUGCUUGCUGCGGUGCAGCGGUACUUCGAGCGUGGUAGUCAAGGCCAGAGGCCAACAGCAUGGCUCAACACUCUCAUACAACGAUUGGAUCUACACAACAGGAUCGAUUUCCGAGGUGGCUUAGAUCUUCUCUUCAAUGGGUUACUGGCAUGGACCAUGUUUCAGUACCUCCCUGAGCAAGACUACUUGGUACGUCGAAACAUGCCCGUGGAUCCCGCUGGUGGUGAAGUGAGAGAUAUGCAACGGAGCCCUCCUGAAGGCCGUUCGAUGUACCCAGAUCCGGAGCGAUUGGGACAACCACAACAACCAAGACGCGAGCAAAACACCAGGAUCAGACCUUUUCUACUCUACCCUCGUAUCCUCCUCAUCACAGCCCUCAAAGAUCCUCGAACACAAUCCGGUAAAGUCAAGCUGUUCACUCCUCUGCCCUUCCUGUCCAUUGUUUUCGUCAUUUGGUCAUCAACACAAGCACAAUCUCUGCUCUCCUCUUCUCCCACCGAGUGA